ACAGGUGAGACCGCGCUGUAUAGGCUACACACGGUCGUCGUCGACAGAAAGCUAAACAGCCACCACAAACCUCUUCAACAUCAGGAGGGUAACCUUUCCAGAUCUAUUUUGAACGGAACAUCGCAUUUGAACAAGAACAGAAGAGUAACGACAAGUAAUAUAUCCUACUGUGAAAUAGAUGUCUGCCCCCCUCGGUCCAGACAUGCCUGUGCCAGUACCUAAACCACGGACUCGCUACAAGCGGGCUGGAGGGAGCCGACAGAUCCAGCUCUCUUCUGAUCGGGAUUUGAUACACGAUACAUCUGACACAGGAAUUCAUAGCAGAGGUAUUCCACCCGCAAAUGAUUUGCUGGCAGAAAAGGAAGACAACCCUGCCAUUAUCCUAAAUAAGCCUGCCAUUACCAGCCCAGCGGAGCAGAGUCCAAGCCAGUGUAACUUCCUUCUCUUCAGAUCUGAUUCUGGAGUGACUCCAUCUUACCCAGUACUGGACAGUAAUGGACUCUGUCCAUCUGUCUGGUUGUCCUUCUCUCCACACAGUCCGGCUGUAGAUACUGACCCCUACGUCAGUCUGGCUGUGGAUACGGACCCCUACGUCAGUCUGGCUGUGGAUACUGACCCCUACGUCAGUCCGGCUGUGGAUACUGACCCCUACGUCAGUCCGGCUGUGGAUACUGACCCCUACGUCAGUCCGGCUGUGGAUACUGACCCCUACGUCAGUCCGGCUGUGGAUACUGACCCCUACGUCAGUCCGGCUGUGGAUACUGACCCCUACGUCAGUCCGGCUGUGGAUACUGACCCCUACGUCAGUCCGGUUGUGGAUACUGACCCCUACGUCACUGACGUAGCUGACUGGGAAAAAUGCCCUGGAUCUGGAUCUGAAUCGUCCAAUGAUGACGAUGCCGUUACUGAAGAAAUAAAGAACCCAUCCCACAUGAACAAUGUGGCGUCAGGGCAUGUUUGUAUUGGUGUUGUCCCCAGCGGGAAACCACCUGUGGAAAAGGAGUCUAUGCAGACCAGACCUCUCAAACAGAAGAUCCCACGUGCGGCCACCAUCCGUGUCAGCAGGAGAAAACAGGCAGCAGCGAGCGGUGAUGCUACCCAGGCAGCAGAGUCCUCUCGUAGGGAGAAUGUGGUGUCUCGAUCCAGCUGGCUGGAUGUAUGGAAGGGCCGCAGGCACAAUGUUCUGUGGGCCACCCUGGAUGGACCGUUGGUAUCAUUUUGGAAGAAACGCACAGGCAAGUUCACAGACCUAGUGUUCCACGUGUCAAGCAUCACCAACGUCUGCAAGCAGGACAAAGGACGCUUCUCCCUUUACUUCUGCAAGAAGCACUUUGAGUUCAUGGCGCACAACAAAGCGGUGCAGGAGGGCUGGGUGACGUCCCUCCUGGCCUCUCGUGGAUGGGACCCCCCAGCCCCUCCGGAGCAGCAUGGAGCCCUGACCAUGAAGGACCCUCGCAGCAACAGAGUGUACGCUGCCAUCUGUGGACACAACCUAUGGAUCUACAACAACAAAGAGGACUUCCAGUUGGGGGUUGGGCUGACCUAUGUGUCCAUGAACGUGGCGUCAGUGAAGCAGACUGGCCGUCAUAACUUCAGUCUCAUCACACCGUACAAAACCUUCAAUUUCUCCACAGACUCAUCGAGGGAGCUGGCUGUGUGGCUGGGGAGUCUGAACCAGGUGAUCCUCAGUGCCCUGUCAUGCAGCGAGGUGGCCCACCGACUCUGGGCCAACCCAUGGAACAAAGUGUGUGCCGACUGUGGCAGUGCCAACCCCGAGUGGGCCUCAGUUAACCUGCUGGUGGUCGUCUGUGAGACCUGUGCAGGUCAGCAUCGCUCUUUGGGCAUCCAUGUUUCCAAAGUGAGAAGCCUGAAGUUGGACAGUAAAGUGUGGACUGAACCUUUGAUUCUGCUAUUUGUCUAUUAUGGGAACAAAGCAGCCAAUGAUGUAUGGGGUCACAAUGUGCCGGGUGCAGAGCAGAUCCUGCCAGACUCCUCUGUGGAUCAGAGGGGGGACUUCAUCAGGGCCAAGUACACCAAGGGCCGAUACAGAUUCACCCAUCCUCUAGCCUCCAGCCAGAGACUGCUCAACCAGAGGCUUUGUGAGGUGGUGUGUGGCCCUAAUGUCCCAGAGACCAUGUCAUUGCUGUGCUCGGGGGCCCGGGUCCUAUGCCACUCAGGGGACUCUCAGUGCCCCACACCCAUCUCCCUGGCAGAGCGUGCUGGACAGGCCAUGCAGGCGGAGCUGCUCAGACACAACGAGUACACAGAUGCCCCUGCCAAUGUUCAUCAGGUCACAGGGUCUCUGCUGGGCACCUCUGACCCUCCUUCUGCUGCAGGAGAGGAGGAGCUCCAUGGGAAGUUGGAGGAGGACCGCUUCCUGUUCUCCCAGGAGAACGACUCUGCAGCCUGUGAUGUUCUGGACCUGAGGGAGGUCAUCUCCAUUUUCCACCGCUCCAACGGAUCGACUCACGAGUUUGAAAUGGUGACUCUGACGGACGAGUUGGUGUGCAAUGCUGACACUGAAGAGGGUCUACUGAAUCACCUGCUUCAUAUUCUCAGGGUGGUGUUGCCUGGGCCCAUAGAUGAGGAGGAGCUGGACGGGGUGUUUGCUGUGUCCCGGGUGUCUCUGAGGGAGGGAGGAGGCCUGCAGCACACUGAGGUCUGGGCAGUGCUCCGUGGAGGUCAGGUCCUCGUCUAUCCUACUGACCAGCAGCGCCACAGAGAGAGGCUAACACUCAACCCUGAGACUCAAUACAAGAUAGAUUCCUCUGAGAACACCAUAGAGCUGGUCACUGGAGAGAGAACCAUGUCUAUGCAGUUUGAACGAGACCACAGCUGUCAGUCCUGGCACAGCCUACUGAAACGGGCAGUGACCACAAAGAGGAAGCAGCGCCCAUCACUGUACGAGCUGCCACCCAACGCCAUUGGCAAUGUGCCCCCUGCCAUUGAGAGGUGUAUCUCACACAUCACACAAUAUGGCCUGAAGGUGGAUGGGCUGUACCGGCGCUGUGGCUUGGCCACUAAGGUCAGCAGUCUGGUGGAAGCCCUCAGCAGAUCACCUAAAACUGCCACUCUGGAGAAAGAUGAACAGGGUCUCCUGGACGCUGCAGGGGCCCUGAAGCAGUAUGUCCGCCAGCAGGUGGUGCUCAUCCCUCAGACACAAAGGGAACUGUGGGUCAAGGCUGCAGCCCACACAGAAGAGAACCUUAGACUGGCUACCUACCGCAGACUCCUGAAGAAGCUACCCCCUGACAACAGAAUCACACUCAACGCCCUGUGUGGACACUUCUACAUAGUUCAGCUGUACAGUGUAGAGAACCGUAUGACAGCUCAGAACCUGGCACUGGUGUUUGUCCCAACACUGUUCCAGGAGCUGGCCAUGAACACAAACAUGGUGCGCCUCACCAGAGAACUCAUCAUACACCACACACUCAUCUUCCUGGGUAAAGAACAAGAGUUUGACAUGGAGAGUGAAGAACUCAUAACAAAAUUAUAGAAAACACAUGUAUAUAUUUGGCUUUGGCUGUCAAAGAAAGCUUCUAUAGGAAAUAUAUAUUUGGUUACAUAGUGCCCCUAGUUACAUAGUGUAGUUUUCACAACUUCUUUGAACUACACAUUUAGGCCAUGGACUGGAUUAAACUUCUUUUUUCUGCUAUAUUAAUUUGGGGAUUAUUGUCAUUUAGGUGAUGGUAAAAUAAUAACAAACCAAGCUCAAAUUGUAUGUUAGUGCCUUCAGAAAGUUCACACCUUUUGACUUUUUCCACAUAUUGUUGUUGCAGCCAGAAUUUAAAAUGGAUUGAAUUGAGAUUUGUUGUCCACUUUGACAUAUAUUUUUUUAAAUGUGUAAAACAUUUAAUGCUGAAAUGUCUUGAGUCAAUAAGUAUUCAUCCCUUCAGUUAUGGCCUAAAUAUACUGACCAAAAAUAUAAACACAACCAUUUCAAAAUAAAUCAGUCAAUUGAAUAUAAUUCAUUAGGCAAUAAUCUAUGGAUUUCACAUGCCUGGGAAUACAGACAUACAUCUGUUGAUCAGAUACAGUGCCUUGCGAAAGUAUUCGGCCCCCUUGAACUUUGCGACCUUUUGCCACAUUUCAGGCUUCAAACAUAAAGAUAUAAAACUGUAUUUUUUUGUGAAGAAUCAACAACAAGUGGGACACAAUCAUGAAGUGGAACAACAUUUAUUGGAUAUUUCAAACUGUACCUUAAAAUAAAGGUAGAGGCGUGGAUCAGAAAACCAGUCAGUAUCUGGUGUGAUCACCAUUUGCCUCAUGCAGCGCAACACAUCUCCUUUGCAUAGAGUUGAUCAGGCUGUUGAUUGUGGCCUGUGGAAUGUUGUCCCACUCCUCUUCAAUGGUUGUGCAAAGUUUCUGGAUAUUGAAGGGAACUGGAACACACUGUCAUAUGUCGAUCCAGAGCAUCCAAAACAUUCUCAAUGUGUGACAUGUCUGGUGAGGUAUGUAGGCCAUGGUAGAACUGGGACAUUUUCAGCUUCCAGGAAUUGUGUACAGAUCCUUGUGACAUGGUGCCUGCAUUAUUAUGCUGAUAACAAGCAGAGUUUUACAGAGAAUGCAGACUGUAUUUUUUUUUUGAAAGCAAGCCAACACCUGUUCUUAAUCAGGACAUUAAAGGGGUUUGGGGUCAGCCAGGAUGUUCUGGAGAGGCAGCAGCUUGGAGAGCAUCCUCACGUUCAAUAUGACAGUUUGGUAUGGUAAUCUGAGUAGCAAAAGCAAACUGACCAGAAUAGUACACACAGUCAGCAAAGUAAUUGGUCGACCACAGGCACACUUGAGCAUUCUAUUCCACAAGGCAACCAAAAGGAAGACUCUGGCUGUUGGCGACCCCUCCCACCCUCAGGUGGCGACCCCUCCCACCCUCAGUUCAAGAGGCUUCCCUCUGGCUGGCUCUUCAGAAUGCCCAUGGCCAAGAAGAACAUGUUCAAACAUUCAUUCCUUCCUUUUGCUGUUGGACUACUAAAUACAAAAUUAAAGGUAUCGGAAUAUGUACUUA